AUGUCCUUUUUUCUUCGACUCAUCUCUCAACCAGGAUGCAGCCACAGCACUAGAGUUGCGCACAUGGAUUACGCUUUUCCAGAGAAAUAUUUUAAGGUAGCACGUUUUUUUGACCAUGAGUUUGGGGACAUUGAGUCAACCGCACGGCUUGACGACAAGCAGAAGCUUCUUUUCUACGCUCUGCGGCAGCAGGCCGAGCAUGGUCCAUGCACGGGCGCGGCGCCGUCCAUAUGGUGGACGCGUGAGCGUAUUAAGUACGAUGCAUGGAAGCAACUGGGCGACAUGUCUAGAUUUGAGGCGAUGGUAAAUUUUGUGAGGUUACUUGGGGAGUGUUUGGGGGGUGAAGUCAACUGGGUGGAGAAGUGCAAAGCUCUGGAGAACAACAUUAUCCAUGCGGGUGAGAGCGAACCCUUUACGGCACCGGACGGAGGUGGCAGCACACAUGCCCCAGGAGAGGAGGACACGUGGGACGAUGAUGUGCGUGCCCACCUGGAGCCCACCGUGGAGAAUGUAAGAUAUUUGGCAUCGCAGGUCAUGCGGUUGCGACGUGAGGCACAUCAACCGCGAUUGUCGACGGCUGAAAAACAAACGAGGGAAGGUGUUGCUGUGCGUCUGGAGCCACCACCCAUCAAAGCAGCAACGGGCAACGCGGGCUCUCCUCAGAAGGCAGUGCCGGUGCCGCCAGGAAGACCCGUCGCAAGGAGGAGUGGCAGCUUGUCGCCGCCGUCGCCACCGUUCUCCUGUCCGCCUAAUAAAGUGACGCAGGCGUCGUUGGGAAGCCCUCGACUGCCUUCCCCAUCCCCCGGGAGGCGGGGAAUGGGCUGGGCGGAAUGGCUUGGACUUAUUUAG